AUCGCCGAGAGAAACCCGCCCACGAACGAAAACCAACGCAGAGGUUUUAAACUCAACUCGAACAUCGCCGCGUGCCACGAGUUCAAGAAACGAAGACCGCACCAACCAAGAGUGGUAGAAUCGUCGUCCUUACCGUUCUUGCGGGAGGACCUUCACCUACUUUUUAUCCAGCACGAGAUUGGAUAUGGAUUCUUAGUCCUUGAACAAAGGAUCGAAUAGUCGCAGUGUUUUUUCAAACCCAGUGAGCGAACUUGUUUACCAGUGACUUAGGAGUGGUCCAUGAUAAGUACCAACGAAAUCGCACCAAAGACAUGGUGCUGAAAUUAUGGACACACGCUGAAGCCGACUGUUACCAGUGAGACGGUAGAAAGCACGGAGUUAUAAUAUAAAAUUUUGUGCGGAGAAAGAUUUUACUUUAGUUUUCUUUUUUAUUUUUCUUUGAGUUCAAUCUCGUUCCUUCGUAGUAUCGAAGACGCUGACGAUGAUGAUGAUGAUGAUGAUUUGACGCCUAUAUCAGUAACGAGUGAGCGCUGAUGUGACGGGGUCGAGAAGAGAUCAAAAAGUGUUCAUGCCGCGCGGCUAUCACAUCUAGACUGUCAGGAGGACUGAAUUCGACGUCAUGGAUUCUCAUCAGCUUGUCGAGACCGCGUCUCAGAACAGCCAGGACAUAACGAUUCAGCAAAAACCGGCGAGCAGCACUCCGAGGCACAGCAUCGACGCCAUCCUUGGACUCGCUGGACGAAAAAGGAGCGCGCAGGAUAUGGAGGAGGGAUCGAGGGAGCACGAGACUAACGGAGAGAACAGUUGCAACUCGACGGGGGGCGGAAGCGAUGAGGAAUUGGGAACCGGAUGCGGAUCUGACGACCUAACCGGAAGCAGUGGUAAGAAGAAGCACCGUCGCAACAGAACUACCUUCACAACCUACCAGCUACACGAGCUCGAAAGAGCUUUUGAGAAGUCCCACUACCCGGACGUCUACUCGAGGGAGGACCUGGCGAUGAAGGUCAAUCUGCCAGAGGUCCGGGUCCAGGUCUGGUUUCAAAAUCGUCGAGCCAAAUGGCGACGGCAGGAGAAAAUGGAAGCCGCUAGACUCGGCCUCACUGAAUAUCAUCACGCCGCUGCCACCAUGAGAAACGUCGCCGGUUCCGGACUCGGCCUUCCGGGUGAUCCGUGGCUACCAAAUUCCCCGUGUAUCUUACCGGCGCUUCCCGGCUUCCUGGCGGCGCCUCACGCCGGUUACUCCAGCUAUUUAACAUCCCCCAGACGCCUGCCGUCACCCCCGGAAACGGGCAGCAUACUAAACACAUUCCGAGACAUGAGACCGCCGAACGGUGGCCUCUCGUCACUGGGAGGCGGUGGAGGCAGCGAUGGCGGGUCUUCGUCGUCGGUCGGAGGAGGUGGAAACGGAAGAGGAAGCGGCGAGCAGCCGGGACUUUCGGUCAGUCCAACGGGAACCGAUCAGAGGACGUCGAGUAUCCAAGCGUUGAGGAUGCGGGCCAAAGAGUACGAGGACAACAUCUCCAAGAAUCUCCAGAUGGUCUGAGAAGUGGAGACGAAGGCCCAAAGCUCUUAUUUUCGUUAAUGAAUUUCACUCACCUUCGGGCCAAAAGCGGAGGAAAAAUGGCGGUAUUAACGAGGAUGACGACGAGCGGAUGGAGAAGAAGACGGAGGAGAGUUAGUCGAUCGGAAAGUAAGAUUCUUGGGGAAAUUAAAUAAAAUGUGACCCAAUGAUGCAGGUGUUACAUCCCUUCGAGACUUUUGCUGAUUCUCCGAUCACAUUGUGUAAUUGAAUUUUCAUGGUUAAUUAUAUAUCGAUGCUGCGUGUUGUGAUUGAUUGAGACAGACAAUACGUGUGCGUGAGUAUAUGGCGGUUUUUAAGCGAUAUUUACACUUCACCGAUAGCAAGCGGGGAUCCUAGUCAACUCGUCAACUGGAGACGUAAUGAUAAAUAAUAAUCAUCGUAAUCGUAUUAUUAACAAUAUAGUGAUAACGGUAUAAAUGAUAAUAAUAAUAGUAAUAGUUACGGUAUUCGUACGUCGGUGCAGAUAAUAAUAAUACUGGCAAAAUAAGUAAGUAAGUAAAUGAAUAAAUAAAUAAGUAAAUGAGUAAUCGAGAAGAAGAGAAAUCAAACGAAACAAUAUUGAAAUAAGAAAGAAGAUUGAUUGAUUUCCGGUUGCAAUUACCAAAAGAAAAAAAAAAGUAACAAACGAAUUGCCGAAAUCGGUACCCAUUUAUUUUUCGUUCCCGUGAAAGGACAAUUUUCAAUCACGCUUAAGGGGGAUGAGAAACGUCGUUGAACCGCAAGACCGGCGAUCAAAAAUUCAGGUAUCCAUUGUGAAUUUGAGGGCGAGAUUGAAAACGUUGUAAGGAAAGAAGAAAAAGAGAAGUGUUGAAAAUUAACUACAAGUGACGCGGUAAUAUUGUAUUGAAAUUGACCUUUUUUGUAUAUACCGAGGGACUACCGGAUAAUAUUUACUCAAAUUCAGAGA